AUGUUCAAACUUUUUCGAGCAAAAAAUGACUUAGAUUCAAUUUACAGAGAUUAAAACCUCAAGGAUUUAUAUUUUUUAAUUAGAAUUAUAAAGGACGAUUCAGGUGAAUCGAUUUAAGAAUUGGGCAAUUUUUUGAAAUUAAAAAUUAAUAGUAUUCAAACAUUGUUAGAAAACAAACUUGAAUGUUAGAAAUUGAACUUAUACACAGGUUUAUCUUUAAAGGAUUGUCAAGAUUAGAUAUAAUUAUUAUAACAAUAUGAAGAGCUAGGAAUAUAAGAAUCUUUCUAUUAAUGGAUGGAAUAAUGCAAAAUCAAAUUACAAUAAUCAACAAUAGGCAAAAAUUAAGAUCUUAGAUCUCAGGGUGAGCUAGUGGAAAGCUAAAAAACAAAUCCUGUAAAUGAAUUAGUUAGAACAAUAAAUAAAAAUUAAGAACCCACGUCAUUGAUACAAUUAAACUAAAAAUUAUCAUUACCUUUAAUAAAAAUAGAAUAAUAAAAGACUGGAGAUCCGUAAUAUAAAUAUUAUCAAUAAAAAAUGCCUAAUUAAAAAUAUAAAAAUAUUAUAUUUAUUGGAGAAAAAGAAGUAGGAAAGACAACAUUAAUAAACGCAUUUGUUAAUUAUUAUUUUGGAAUUACAUGGGAAGAUAAUUUUAGAUUAAUUGUAGCUGAUUAAGAAUCAACUUAAGAAAUUAAAGAUUACUAUGUUGAACCUCAUAAUUAAAGAGAUUAUGGUAUACAUUUUAUUGAUACACCUGGAAUUUAUGGAUAAAACGAUUAUUAGACUAUUGAUUAAAUAUUUAAGUUUAUUUAGGUAAAUAUUUUCUAAAUUGAUAUCAUUAUUGUUUGCUUUAAGGAAGGAAUUUAAAAACUUACAGUAGAGACAAAGUAGAUGUUAGAAUCAAUUGUUAAGGUAGUUGGAUCAUCUUCUGCUCAUAAAUUAAUAAUUGCUCGUACAUUCUAUUAAGGUGGAGAUUAAAAAGAUUUUGACAUUUUCACAGAAAAAAAUAGUCCAUUUUAUCAAAUUGCUUAAAGCCUUCCUUUAGAAUGGUAUUAUAGAUUUAAUGGAGGAUCUAUGGUUAAAAAAUAUGACUCUGCAUCCACUUAUUACUCCGCUUCUAAAUAUUAUUAGGAAGUAACCGUGGAGAAUUUUGCAAAUUUAGAAAAUAAUAUGUUUUCAAAUAAUUAAUAUAGGACUUAAAAGCACGAAAACCCUAUUUAAUAAAGCAAUGAGUAUAAUUUGAAUGAUUAGAAAAAUGAUUAUCAUGGUUAAAACAGUAUGGGUAAAAUUGAUAAUUUAAAAACUGAAGCUUUGUUGUAGGGGUUAAGCAAUUAACCAAAUAAUUCAACAUAGAAAAGUUAGGGUUAAAUGAUUUAAUCUUAUUCUUAAUAACUAAAUAAUAACACAAACUUGACUGGAAAAACUAAUGAUAACAAAACUGAAAUUUAAUUUUAGAAUUUUAGUACAAUUUGUUUUUCAAGCUAUGAUUCAUUUAAAUAAAUGUUUAUUUCUUGUAUUCAACUUUAUAAGAGAAAUAAGGAAAAUUCUUCUUAUUUUCAUUUCAUAUAAAAAUAAGAUUAAGAUUAGUAGACAUUUUAAAUAAAUUGUUCAAAACAUUUUAUUAGUUGUUUUUUUGGUUUUCCAAAUAAAUAAGAAGCAUAAAAUUUCAAUUCUAGUUUUAAUAAUUUUUAAAUUUGUGGGUGCCCCAGCAACACUCUUUAGAUAAAUUAGAAAUAUUACAAGUAUUUUGAAUAAUAUUCAAUAUAUAAUUAAAAUGUGAAUAUUUCGCAUUUUAAGGAAUAGCUAAAAAAAACGAUGUAAAUAAUAUUUUAAUGUUUAUUCAACUUGCAUAUUAAGAAACAAUACCAUCAAAAUCAAAAAGUAACUCAAGAAUAAUUUUUGUACCAAUUCAUACAAGAUUUAAAAUUGGAAAAUAAAUUUUUUGAAUUAAUAAAAUAAGAACUUAAUUCACCAAAAUGA